UCCCGCCAAACAUUGCUUCGCAAAUACCAACUAGGGUGCUCUCUCCAUACCAAACGCGCUUCCCUCUUCUCCAACUGCCAGUCGUCUCUCACAUGGCCUCUCUUUCUCUCUCAUCCCUCUCUCUAUCAUCUGCUCCCCAAUUAUUGUCGAAGCCACUAAAGCCAUCUCAAGCUUCAUUGCUCUCACCACGGUUUCUCUCUCUUGCACCUGAAUCUCCCCAAUUUCAAGAAAAACACGCACAUAAAUGCAAAAUCCGUCUCUGAAUUUGCAGCAAUGGGAUUUUCUGAUGGUUUGAAUUGGAUGCCGUCAAAUCUUGGCUCGGUCUUUCAUUCAGAGAAGGGCACUGCGGUUGCACUAACCCUAUUUUUCUGUCUUCUCUGCGCGUGUAUUGUUAUAGGUCAUCUAUUGGCGGAGAGUCGAUGGACUAAUGAAUCUAUCAACGCCCUAAUUUUGGGAUUGUGCUCUGGUACAGUUGUUUUGUUGAUCAGCAAGGGGAAAAGUUCUCAUAUACUGGUUUUCAAUGAAGAGUUGUUCUUCAUAUAUCUUUUGCCUCCCAUUAUAUUCAAUGCAGGUUUCCAGGUUAAGAAAAAGCAAUUUUUUCAAAAUUUUGCAACAAUAUUGCUAUUUGGAGCUGCAGGGACACUCGUAUCUUUCUGCAUAAUUUCUCUAGGUGCAUAUUUCUUGUUUAAAAAAAUUGGUAUCAAAUCCCUCAAACUUCGAGAGUAUCUAGCUAUUGGCUCUAUUUUUUCAGCUACAGACUCUGUUUGCACACUACAGGUUCUCAAUCAAGAUGAGACACCCUUGCUUUACAGUCUUGUAUUCGGGGAGGGAGUAGUGAAUGAUGCUACCUCUAUUGUACUAUUUAAAGCAGUCCAGUCACUUGAUUACAACAAUAUUGAUGUUGUUGAAGCAUUGAAAUUAUGUGGGAACUUCCUUUAUCUCUUUUGCACUAGCACUGCACUGGGUGUGUUGGCUGGGCUACUAAGUGCUUUUGUCAUUAAAAAGUUGUAUUUUGGAAGGCAUUCUACUGAUCGUGAAGUUGCACUCAUGAUGAUCAUGGCUUAUCUGUCAUAUAUGUUGGCAGAGAUUUUCUCACUUAGUGGGAUUCUUGCAGUUUUCUUCUGUGGAAUUGUCAUGUCACACUAUACAUGGCACAACGUCACCAAUAGCUCACGAAUUACAACUAAGCAUGUAUUUGCAACAAUGUCUUUUAUUACGGAAACUUUUAUCUUCCUCUAUGUUGGCAUGGAUGCCUUGGACAUUGAUAAGUGGAAAACAAGUGAAGCAAGUGCAAGCAUUUUUGCUGCUAUCAGUGCAACGCUAUUGGCCUUAGUUUUGGUUGGAAGGGCUGCCUUUGUGUUCUCCCUUGCAUAUAUCUCUAAUUGUUUUAGGAGGUUAGAGAGUACAAAGAUAAGAUUUCGUCAACAGUUUGUAAUCUGGUGGGCUGGUCUCAUGAGAGGGGCAGUAACCAUAGCUUUAUCCUAUAAUGAGUUCACAGUAUCAGGAUCUACUUCAUCGCGGGAAUAUGCUCUUAUGAUCACAAAUACCAUAAUUGUGGUUCUGUUUAGUACAAUGGUUUUUGGGUUGGUAACAAGGCCUCUGAUAAGAGUCAUGUUGCUUCAACGUUCAAAAGUUGAUCACGUCAAUCAACCCGAGCCGUCCAGCCUGGAAGAUCUACAGCUCCUCUUUCUUGAAGAGCACAGAAGUGAGAAUAAUCAACAGACUUUGUCCAGAAGAAACAGCUUUAGGUUAUUACUAAAAGCUCCCACCUCUACGAUUCACUAUUUUUGGAGGAAGUUUGAUGAUAGUUAUAUGAGACCAGUGUUUGGCGGACGUGGGUUUGUUCCUUUUGUUCCGAGCUCGCCAACUGGUGCCAAUGAUGAAAAUAUAUGAUCAUUGAUGGCUCAUCUUCAUUUGUUUGGAUGAACCCUUCAGAACGGGAUAUGCAUUUCCUUCCAAUAUCUCUGGACUAUUCAUUUGUAUCUUAGUCUUGCUUGUGUACUGGUCUUAAUUAAGUAUCUAUUACAUGUGAAACAUGGUAAGUAAUC